AUGAUGCAGUCUGUCUCCAGUCACAUCCUGUCUGUCUCCAGUCACAUCCUGUCUGUCUCCAGUCACAUCCUGCCUGUCUACAGUCACAUCCUGCCUGUCUCCAGUCACAUCCUGUCUGUCUACAGUCACAUCCUGCCUGUCUACAGUCACACCCUGCCUGUCUACAGUCACAUCCUGUCUGUCUACAGUCACACCCUGCCUGUCUACAGUCACAUCCUGCCUGUCUACAGUCACAUCCCGCCUGUCUACAGUCACACCCCGCCUGUCUACAGUCACAUCCUGUCUGUCUACAGUCACACCCUGCCUGUCUACAGUCACAUCCUGUCUGUCUACAGUCACACCCUGCCUGUCUACAGUCACAUCCUGUCUGUCUACAGUCACAUCCUGCCUGUCUACAGCCACAUCCUGCCUGUCUACAGUCACACCCUGCCUGUCUACAGUCACAUCCUGCCUGUCUACAGUCACAUCCUGUCUGUCUAUAGUCACAUCCUGCCUGUCUACAGCCACAUCCUGCCUGUCUACAGCCACAUCCUGCCUGUCUACAGCCACAUCCUGCCUGUCUACAGCCACAUCCUGCCUGUCUACAGCCACAUCCUGCCUGUCUACAGUCUGUCCCCAGCCGUCCCUGCCCUGUUCCCAGAACACUUACCCUGUGGCCCCCACUGUCCCCAGCCGGCCCCUGUUCCGGAACACUUACCCUGUGGCCCCCACUGUCCCCAGCCGGCCCCUGUUCCCAGAACACUUACCCUGUGGCCCCCACUGUCCCCAGCCGGCCCCUGUUCCCAGAACACUUACCCUGUGGCCCCCACUGUCCCCAGCCGGCCCCUGUUCCCAGAACACUUACCCUGUGGCCCCCACUGUCCCCAGCCGGCCCCUGUUCCCAGAACACUUACCCUGUGGCCCCCACUGUCCCCAGCCGGCCCCUGUUCCCGGAACACUUACCCUGUGGCCCCCACUGGCCCCGGACCGCCCCUGUUCCCGGAACACUUACCCUGUGGCCCCCACUGUCCCCAGCCGGCCCCUGUUCCCGGAACACUUACCCUGUGGCCCCCACUGUCCCCAGCCAGCCCCUGUUCCCGGAACACUUACCCUGUGGCCCCCACUGUCCCCAGCCGGCCCCUGUUCCCGGAACACUUACCCUGUGGCCCCCACUGUCCCCAGCCGGCCCCUGUUCCCGAACACUUACCCUGUGGCCCCCCACUGUCCCCAGCCGGCCCCUGUUCCCGGAACACUUACCCUGUGGCCCCCACUGUCCCUGCCGGCCCCUGUUCCCAGAACACUUACCCUGUGGCCCCCACUGUCCCCAGCCGGCCCCUGUUCCCAGAACACUUACCCUGUGGCCCCCCACUGUCCCCAGCCGGCCCCUGUUCCCGGAACACUUACCCUGUGGCCCCCACUGUCCCCAGCCGGCCCCUGUUCCCAGAACACCCUGUGGUCCCCCUGUCCCUGCCGGCCCUGUUCCCAGAACACUUGUGGCCCCCACUGUCCCCAGCCGGCCCCUGUUCCCAGAACACUUACCCUGUGGCCCCCACUGUCCCUGCCGGCCCCUGUUCCCGGAACACUUACCCUGUGGCCCCCACUGUCCCCAGCCGGCCCCUGUUCCCGGAACACUUACCCUGUGGCCCCCACCCCCACUGUUCCCAGAACACUUACCCUGUGGCCCCCUGUUCCCGGAACACUUACCCUGUGGCCCCCACUGUCCCCAGCCGGCCCCCUGUUGCCGGCCCGUUCCCAGAACACUUACCCUGUGGCCCCCACUGUCCCCGGACGGCCCCUGUUCCCGGAACACUUACCCUGUGGCCCCCACUGUCCCCAGCCGGCCCUGUUCCCGGAACACUUACCCUGUGGCCCCCACUGUCCCCAGCUGGCCCCUGUUCCCGGAACACUUACCCUGUGGACCCCCACUGGUCCCUGUCCCCAGCCGGCCCCUGUUCCCGGAACACUUACCCUGUGGCCCCCACUGUCCCCACUGGCCGGCCCCUGUUCCCGGAACACUUACCCUGUGGCCCCCACUGGCCCCAGCCGGCCUCUGUUCCCGGAACACUUACCCUGUGGCCCCCACUGUCCCCAGCUGGUCCCUGUUCCCGGAACACUUACCCUGUGGCCCCCACUGGUCCCCCGGCCCCAUGUUCCCGGAACACUUACCCUGUGGCCCCACCCCCAGCCGGCCCUUGUCCCACUUAG